AUGGGCGAGUUCGCCAGCUGCCCCGCGGGCUACGAGACGCGUCUGGAGGGCGCUGGGGCGGCCGAGUGCUCCCCGUGCGCAGCGGGCUUCUUCGCCACCGCCCCCAACACUCCCUUCUGCGCCAAGUGCGAGCCGGGCACCUUUGCCAACUCCACAGCCACGGGACUCGGCGGCACGGCGUUUGGGCCCAAGCUUGCUGCCGCCGCCGCCGCCGUGCCCGGGGGGCAGCGCGGCGGCGGCGGCACGCUGCGACGCCCCCGUGCUGCCGAGCUGCGGCCGUAG